GACAGAAUGUGUCGUAAAACGUGCGCUUACAAUUUCAGUCGUCAUUUCUAAUUGAUUUAUAUCUGAAAAUGUCUGUUUUUCAUGACGAAGUUGAGAUCGAAGACUUUGAAUACGACGAAGACACUGAAAUAUAUUACUUUCCGUGUCCCUGUGGAGACAAAUUCGCCAUAACCAAAGAGGAGCUGGAAAACGGUGAGGACGUGGCCACGUGCCCGAGCUGCUCACUCAUUGUCAGAGUCAUCUAUGACAAGGAGUCUUUCAUGGCGGGUGAAAUCAUCAUGGCCCCAUCAGAAAGCAAAGUGGUGCUGGUUCCCACCUGACUCAGAAUGAGCUUUAAAACUGCUGAUUUGAUGUUUUAUUAUUGUUAUUAUCUGUGGACUGGUUCUGUGAUCAAUUGAUGAUACUGUGCAAAACCAGGGGAAUUUGCCAAGCAGAAACAACUUCUGUUUGUUUUCGGUUUGCUUGUGUGAGCUUCAGUUUUCACUUAAGUAACGUGGAAAUAUUUGUCAUUGUGUGUUCUUUUCAAAGAAAUAAAGUUUCUUGAUGUUCAUGGUA